AUGUCGCUCCGCGACAAGGCCUGUCCGUUCCUCACGCUCGUCCAGUCCGAGACCAACCCUGCCAUUGUCGAGUUCCGCGAGGGCACGACAAUCUCGUACAAGGGUGACGUGCGGUAUGGCCGCGUACGCGAGCCCCGCGACGGCGAGGUGUACAGCAGCGUCCUGUAUGGUGAGUACACAGAGGGAUCCAUGUCCCAUGGUGGGGUGGUGGGGUUGGUGCACGUACUCGAAGGAGGUGGUGACACGCACGGGAAUCAGCGCUUGAACACCGGUGACGCACCGCUUUUGCACGCGCACCGUCACCGUUCGCGUCCCACCUCGGCCCCUCCAGAGCCAAAUGGCAUGCACGCGCUGUCGGGCGCAAAGCUCGCGUCGUGCGGAUAUGUCUCGGACCGCAUCAAGUCGCGACGACUCGAACUGCACGGGCCAGACGAGAACAUUCCCUUUGAACACACUGGCAGGAUCUCGUUCGAGUGGACGUUCCACUUUGAGAAGAACAAGUAUAUCUGGAAGAAGAGCGGCAAGGACCUGACGUGUGUCAUGGACCGCCGGCCCGACCCCCAUGUCGAGGUGUGCCUCGCCCGCCAAGGCGAUGUGCGAACGCCGGGCAAGAUUUCGUUUUUGCACUACAACAUUGACCGGUUCCUCGGUACGGAGAUCAAGGACCUGCGUGGACUGGAGACAUUGUUUAUUAUGAGCCUAUGCCUUUUGAUCGACUCUGCCGAGGCGCGCGAGCAGGAACGGGCGGCGUCGGUAACCGUUGCAGCUGAGCGUCCUCCUGUCCCGAGCAAGAAUGGGUCGGCCUCCACCGCCAGCGCCAGCGCGCACACGCCCACCACGCCCGAAGUACAGAUGAUCACGGACGAAGACUACGAGGCCGAGAACCCCAACGAGAUUGUGGUGGGCACCAACACCGACCUCGAAAUGCACAUUGCGCGCGCGUGCAACAUGCUCAUGGACGAUUCCGUCCUGUUCAUCAUCAUCCGCACGCGCAAGGCCGAGGCGGCACAGCGUGCCCUCCAAGUAUCGCUGGGCGUGACGCGCUUCCGCCACCGACAAGGCUUGAAGGAGCUGCACCAGUACGUCGUCGAGGAAGAACCGGAACGCAAGGGCCCGCGCGUGAUCAACCUCGACGACAGCAGGCCCGGGUGGACGCCGCCGCCCAACUUGGCCAUCUACCUCAGCACCAUCGACCUGCCAGACCUCAAGCCCGAGAACCGCAAAAAGGCCCAGCAGCAGCAGCAACAGCAGCGGAACGGGUCGUCGUCUGCGUCGAGCGUCACGUCUGGGCGUACGGGCAGCUUUGGCGGCGGCGCUCCGGCGCCGAAUGGCAACAGGCCACCGCCCAACGCGAUCAGGCCGCCUCCAAACGGGACCCGGCCGGCAGUCUCGCCGCCUGUCCCCCCGCACAGUGGAUCAAUGGGAUACGGCCAGGGCAGCGCGGUGCCCAGCAUCCCGCCCCGGCCACAGGGCAGUGGGAGCGGGAGCGACUCUGGGUCCGGCAAGCUGGGCAAGAUGUUCAAGCCCAACUGGCGGUCGUAG